UUAUAAAUAUUUUUGAUAAAAUGACUCGUCGAAAAGAUAAAUUCAAUGUUAAUGACGAGAAUGGCCAAGCUAUGGAGGUAGGAAAUGGAGAAGAAGCCAAUGUUGAUCCCGACAACCGCGGCCAGUGGAGCAAUCAAUGCGAGUUUUUCCUGUCAUGCCUCGCAUACUCAGUAGGUUUUGGCAACAUCUGGCGCUUCCCUUACUUGUGUUACAAGAACGGUGGAGCGGCGUUUCUGAUCCCGUUCACCAUCAUGCUCCUCGUAGCUGGGAUACCGCUUUUCUUCAUGGAAGUCGCGCUCGGACAAUACGUCAGCCUGGGUCCUAAUAUACUCUUCCCCAAACUCUGCCCUCUAACUGGUGAUUCAAAUUGUAUUUUCCAAUCUGGUCAUAAUUACAGCAGCAUAAGCUGUUACACGUUUGAAGAAAACGCAUUGUGCCGUGACGCUUCAAUGUAUUACUACGCUGGAGAGUGUCACAACACGGACACUUUUUGUGGUAUCGACUCCCUGGAAGCCGUUAAUUCGACGCAUUGCCUCACGGCGAACAACAUCUCCAUCAGGGCCGAGCUCGCAGUCAAGAGAUAUUCCGCAGCUGAGGAUUACUACAGAAAUCGAAUGCUCGGCAUCAACGGAAGGUCAUGGUCGGACCUGGGAAGUAUCCGAUGGGAGUUAGUUGGCUGCUUGGCUUUGGCUUGGAUCGCAGUGGCCGCUUGCCUCAUUAAAGGAGUGAAGAGCUCUGGUAAAGUCGUGUACUUCACGGCAAUCUUCCCCUAUGUGGUCUUGGUAAUCCUGUUCGUGAGAGGUAUCACACUCGAGGGAGCUUACAAAGGAAUAGAAUUCUAUAUUCUGAAGCCGAACAUGAGCAGGCUGAUGGAAGCGGAAGUUUGGAACGACGCAGCUGCCCAAAUCUUCUUCUCUUUAUCAACGGCUUUUGGUGGUCUCAUCGUUUUGGCUUCGUACAACGGAUUUAAAGUCAAUUGCAUGAGAGAUGCGAUUGUGAUUGCGAUCAGCAACUGCGUGACGUCAGUGUUUGCUGGUUUUGUUAUAUUCAGUAUUCUCGGCUUCAUGGCAACGUCUGCUGGAGUCGAGGUAACGGAUGUGGUGUCGUCAGGGUCUGGUCUAGCGUUCAUCGCAUACCCUGCCGCCGUGACCAUGAUGCCUCUACCUCCACUUUGGUCAUGCCUUUUCUUCGUCAUGUUCGUCAUUCUGGGACUCGACUCCCAGUUUUCGUUGGUUGAGACGCUAACAUCAGCAAUAUAUGAUCAGUUUACGUCUCUACGAGAGCACAAGCCCCUCGUUAUCAGCACCCUCAGCCUCUUCAUGUUUGUCAUCAGUAUCGCCUUCUGUUUGGAGGGAGGAUUGUAUGUUUUCGAGCUCUUCAACUGGUACUCUGGAUGGUUGUCCGUCAUCAUUUACGGAAUUGUGGAACUAUUCACAGUCACGUAUAUAUACGGAAUUGAUCGCUUCAUGAAAAACAUCCGAGAUGAGAUGGAGAUCUACAUGCCAAUGUUCCUGUAUGUGUACUGGGCGGCCUCAUGGGCUGUUUUAUCUCCUAUUGUGUUGAUGACGGUGUUCUUCUUUGCGAUUUACUCCUACAUUCCAGCUUAUUACGAAGACUACGUAUAUCCUCCCGUAGUGCAAGGUUGUGGAUGGUUACUUGUGGUGCUGCCUUUACUCAGCCUCCCAGUGUCUGCUCUCUAUGAGAUAUUCUAUAAUAAAAGAACAUUCAAAGAGAUGAUAUCGGCAACCGAAGAUUUCAAACCAGCACAUGAACUGCGGAGACGUGAGCCGAAGACCGAGCCAAGCAUCCGCUACGUUUACGACAACGACGCCUACGCCAACGGCGAACUUAAGGUUGAAACCGGCGCUCGGAAUGAUCAUUGGUGAUGAUUUCUUCAGGCUCUCAAUUUGCUUGGGCCCGUGGCCCUUUCUUCAAUACGAAGCCUUGAAUCGGUUACGACCUUUAACGAUGAUCAUUAGCUGGACGUGGUGAUGAAGAUAGUGGUGGUGAUAGUGAUGAUGAUGGUGGAGAUGGUGGU